GGUCUUCAAGCACAUGGGGCCGCUCUUCCCCAGAUCCACUCUCUUAUUCACUCCACCCGACGUCUGAUCACCUCUUCCUUUUUUACGAUUCAUUGCACUGCCUAUCAUGGCAAAAUCGUUCCCUAUCGAGAAGGUUGUUGCGGCCGCUUUUCUCAGCAUCGCCCUUUACAAUUUUCUCGAACUUAAUGCCUACAUCUUCACUUCGUUCAAGCGGCGACGAGGUCUAUAUUUCUGGUCCUUUACCGUUGCCACAUAUGGCAUCCUGUUCAACGCCGUCGGAUAUAUCCUCAUGCACUUGGCUGCACUCAAGGAGAAGAACAUUUUCGCCACCUUCAUCCUCCUAGGAUGGUGCAUGAUGAUCACAGGCCAGUCGGUAGUACUAUAUUCACGACUGCACAUUGUGGUGCACAAUCUCAAAUGGCUACGAUACGUCCUCAUCAUGAUUAUCACCAACGCAAUCUGGCUGCACAUCCCCAUUAUUAUCCUGGUUUACGGUGCCAACUCGGACACCCCACAGCCCUAUGCAAAAAUCUACAACAUAUACGAACGGAUUCAACUCAGCGUCUUCUUCGUCCAGGAACUCAUUAUUUCGGGUCUAUAUCUCUUCGAGACGACCAAGCUGCUCCGCCUUGAACGCACAAUCGGACACGUCAGCACUCGAACACUGCUUUACCACCUUAUCUCAGUCAACAUCCUCGUCAUCAUGCUCGACUGCAGUAUCCUGGGCCUCGAGUUUGCAGACUUCUUCGAGAUCCAAACCUCGUGGAAGCCGCUUGUCUAUAGCAUUAAGCUCAAGCUUGAAUUCAGCAUCCUCAGCCGCCUGGUCAAAUUGACCAGGAACGCGAGGAGUGGGAACGCUGGCAACUCCUAUAGCAACGCAGUGCACACUGGGGGCAUGCCACUUGGCACCAUGAAGGGAAAGAGCAACGCACAUCGGUCCAUGGUGGGUACGGGUACGGAUGAACGAGACAACUGGGAGAUCAAAGUCGGUGGCGGCCCGAACCACAUGGAGACGAGGCCAUCGCAGGUCUUGAAGAUAACAGAAUUCAUGGUGCAGAGUCACAGCCGGCCGCCGAGCAUCGCAAGCCUCGCCGAGAGUGGGAAGAAGAUACUGGCACACACGCAUACGCAGGAGCUGCACGAAAGUGACUAG